AUGACAGACAGUUUACCUAGUGAUUUGGAACAAGAUGUAAAUGAUUUCGAGGCAUUGUUGGAGAAGAUAGAAUUACAAUUGGAACCAUUUUUUAAAUACUCGAUGAAAGAGCAUCAAGACGAACUUUCACCAGUCCAAUCUGCAAAACUUAAUAUAUUGGUUGCCUACUCUUUAAAUUCUCUUUUUUAUAGUAGGUUCUAUCGAUUCAGUAUGUAUUUACAAACUCAAGGAGUAUCACCACAUUCACAUCCAGUUAAACAAGAAUUAGAUCGAAUUAAACAUUAUAUUACAAAAUUACAAAAUAUUGGAAAUACUCAACAACAGCAACAAGAAAAACGUAUGAAUUUGAUUAUAUAUUUGUUUAAGUUCCAUAGAUUAACAUCAAAAUUAACAAUAGAUCCAGAGGCAAGUAAGAGAAUGAUUAAUCACACUUUAAAUGCAAAUCAACCAACCAAAAUGUACAACUAUUACAAAAAUUAA